GUGUUCGGACGCCCACCUCCACGAGGGCUCUCACCGCACGGUCGCCCAGCUCAUGAUUCGCCAGGCUAAUCUGACGCAUGAACCUGGUGUGCGAGUGUGGCAGUGGGUGCAUGGCAGUGCGGCCGCAGCGAAGAGUGUGGCAGUGGGCCUAGCCCCGGCCACCCUGGAGCAAUCAUAA